AUGUUGAUCCACGAUCCGCCCAAGCUCGCGACGCAGGCGCGGCCGAGCUGGCGCACAGCGCUGGGUAUACUGGUGUGUGUGCGUGUGCUGAUAGCCUGUGUCAUGAUCAUUUCAGAUUGUGACGAGGUGUACAACUAUUGGGAGCCGGUGCACCUGCUUUCUGCCUCGACGACGCCCAAGGCCUUUGAGACGUGGGAGUAUGCGCCACAGUAUGCGAUACGCUCCUGGGCAUACAUUACUUUGCAUGCCAUUGUGCCGGGAUCGCUCGCGCAUUUACCGUCGUACGUGUCGUUCUAUGCCCUGCGCGUCGUGCUUGCAAUAGCGUCCUCCUUCGCCGAUGCCUUUCUGUACGAGCGCGUCGCACAGUUUGUGCAUGUGCGUAUCGCGCGAUACAUGCUCGUAUUUCUUGUCGCGUGUGCAGGCAUGCACAGCGCGUCUGUGGCUCUCUUGCCAUCGAGUAUGGUCAUGUAUACCACCAGCGUCGGCAUGGCGUAUGCCAUGCAGCCGGCCUCUAUGGCCGCGUCACGGCGCACGUACCGAGCCACGGCAGCAUUUGCAUUCGGCGCCUUGUGCAGCGGAUGGCCUUAUGCACUCGUACUUGCCGUGCCAUUCGUGCUGGAAGAGCUUUGUGGCGCUCCCUUGGGGUGCCGCCUCGCUCGGGGAUGCAGCGCGGCCCUUCUCUCGGCCCUCUGUGUGGGCGUUCCGACGGUGUUGAUCGACUCUCUCGCUUACGGCCGACCGACGCUCGUGGCGCUGCAGACGAUCCUGUACAAUGUGGCCAGUCGCGCUCGUGGGAUUGGCCCUGAACUCUACGGCGUCGAGCCCACGUCGUACUAUUUUGUGGCCCUGGCUCUGGGCUUUUCCGUCGCGGCGCCCAUGGCCCUCGUAUCACUGCCCAUGCUCGCGCUUGCUGCCCGGUACUUGCCCUCGCGUAUCGCAGGCUCGGCCGUGCAGCUGGGCUUACGCCUCGCGCCGCUGUACUUGUGGCUCGCGGUGCUGUUCGUGCAGCCACACAAGGAAGAGCGAUUCCUGUACGCGGCCUACCCGCUUGUCUGCUUCGCGGCCGCUGUCACGCUGUACCUUGUGCGUGCGUUCCUCGAGUCGGCGUACCUGCGCUUCACGCGCUCACCGUAUCGCGCGUCACGCACCAUGCUCUUUUCGGCUGUGACACUGGUACCCCUCCUCGCCGCUGCCGUUUUGGGCGUCUUGCGCACAUCUGCCCUGAUUCUGUACUAUCGUGCCCCCAUCGACGUCAUGCACGCCCUGCCCAACGAGGCCGGCACACUGUGCUAUGCUGGCGAAUGGCACAGGUUCCCAUCCCACUUUUUCGUGCCGCCUCAGGUGCGCGUCGAGUUCGUCGAGAGUGCGUUCCGAGGCAUUCUGCCGCACCACUUUCGUCGCGGCAACGCCAGCGACCCACUGUGGCCCUGGGCCGCCUAUACACGCACAUCGCCCACACAUGUGAAUGACCGCAACGCGCACGAACCUGACCGAUACGUGGCGCUGUCGCAGUGCUCGUGGCUCGUGGACACCCAUGCCGACGAUACGUGGGAGCCGCUCAUGUGCCGCCCGUUCGUGGACAACGAGGCGAGUCGGCUAGCCGCCCAGACGGGGCCUUUACCCGCCAAAAUCCGAGCCACCGUCGCACGCGCUCUGUACGUGCCCGGCUGGGACGACUCGCUUGUCUGGCGCUCCUACUGCCUCUUACGUAGACGCGCGUAG